CGCGAAGCGGUUUAUUCGGCUGCCGAUCGCUGACCGAAGUGCACGGCUCCAACCCGCGGAGACGCGAACCCACAACAACAAGUUUUGUGAAUUAAACAAGAAAGUUUUUUAGUUGAAUGUUAAUUUUGUAAUCAUAAUGUCUACUCUUCUCGAAGUUUGCGGUCCUCUUUCGCCGCCAUCGACCCCUCCGUUAAUGGAAAACAAAGUCGAGUUACCUCUGAAGAAGGCUGCAGUGAAGCGCGCCCGGGAGUCGCCGCCGCUCGGGCUGGUGACUCCUCAGGCGUCGGACUCCGAGGGCGAGGAGGAGGUGGCCAAGCGGCAGCGCUGCGAGCUGGCGCGCCUGCUGCUCAGCACGCCGCCGCCGGAGCCCUGCGGCCGGCCCUCCGUCAUCAUGCGCGCGCACAAGGACGGCACCUGCAGCCCCGAGCCGCUGCCGCCGCCGCCGCCCGACAUGAACAUCCUGAAAACCCUCAAAUUCAAAAUGAACCGCGGCCACUCCUACUCGCAAGUUAAAUACAUGGCCAGCCAGGCGCAAGCGAAAACACCGGAACGCGUGCCCCCCGCGAGCCCGCCGACGCCGCCGUUGACCUGCGACGUGCCCUCACCCCAAGCCGAGGAGGCGCGAGUGCCCUCACCUCACGCGGAGUGCCAGCCUAAGCCGCAGCCGCGGGACGAGCAGCGCGUGCCUCAGGUUCCGCUGGCGGCGGCGCCGGGCUGGGUGCCGCUGGCGCCGCGCCCUUCGCCCGCCGUCAUAGUGCCCAGUGCGCUGCUGCCCACCACCGCGCUGUGGCUGGUGGCCCCCGCGCCCGCCGCGAGACGCCGUCUAUACGAGUGCUCGUACCCGGGAUGCGGCAAGAAUUACUUCAAGUCUUCCCACCUCAAGGCGCACGCGCGCACGCACACCGGCGAGCGGCCCUUCAGGUGCGCGUGGGAGGGCUGCGAGCGGCGCUUCUCGCGCUCGGACGAGCUGUCGCGCCACAAGCGCACGCACACGGGCGAGAAGAAGUUCGAGUGCGGCGUGUGCCGGCGCCGCUUCAUGCGCUCCGACCACCUGGCCAAGCACGUCAAGCGCCACGCCAAGGAGCGCGCGCCCGCGCCCGUGCUGCGCCUGCUGCCGUCGCCGCCGGUGGUGCUGCCGGUGCAAUCCAUCGCGCAUUAAACGCGCGACCCCCGACUGUGAUUCAGAUCUCAAGAUCGUUAUAGCUCUACUCAUCUUUAAGACUGUCCUAUCUUACUACUUAAGUAGUAUACUAGUGUUAAGCCAUUAUGUUAUGCUAAGAAGCAAAUUAAAAAAGAGAUUUAUUACUA